AAAUAUUUUCAUGAAGCUCAAGUACUCAAUUGCAACAUAUUCAAAAGCCACAAUUUAAUUUUCCAAGAAACGUACUGCGAUAGCCUCAAAAUAUAAAAGGUGAUUUUUGAAGUACUCCUAACUCACAAUUGUGAAUUGUUGCAGUUGUUGCAUAACUACUAAUAAGAUCUCGAAAAUGGAGACCGAGAUCAGUGGUUCUUCAAUCUAUAAUAAUGAUCAAGAGGAGCUUUUAAAAUCAGCCAAAGCAAAGAUGGGAGAAGUAAAAGAGGAAAAUGAAAGAUUAAGAAAGUUAUUAGGACAAAUUGUGAAGGAAUAUCAAUCUUUAGAGAAGAAAAUUUCGUCGAUGGAACGAUGUAAACCAUCAAAUGAAACAAAUUCAUCAAGCAAUAAUAAUAACAAGAAGCACAAGGAGGAAGAUGAUGAUGGAAAUCAACAGCCUGAUUUGAUCUCCUUAACUCUUGGUAGUUGGAGUUCAUGUAAUAAUAAUAAGAAACAAACAAUAAGUGAUGAUACUUUGAAUAAUAAGAGAAGAAAGGUAGAAGAUGAAGGUGGAGAUCAAUUGGAGUUAGGUCUAGAUUAUCGUAAAUUUCAGCAAAAUCCUACUAUUAGUGCUAGCAAUUCGAUCAAGAAUUCGAGCUUCGAAAACUCGAAAAAAGAGCACGUAAAGGAAGAUGAGAACACAAGUUGUAAGGAAGGAGAUGAUCAAGAGAGCUUGCAUCAACCUCAAGUAAAGAAAACUAGGGUUUGCAUUAGAUCAAGAUGUGACUCACCCACGAUACAUGAUGGAUGUCAUUGGAGGAAGUAUGGGCAGAAAAUUGCGAAAGGAAAUCCAUGUCCUCGAGCAUACUAUCGUUGCACAGUUUCUCCAAAUUGCCCAGUCAGAAAACAGGUACAAAGAUGUCCUCAUGACAUGUCCAUAUUGAUCACAACCUAUGAAGGCACUCACAACCACCCACUCCCUUUAGCCGCCACCGCCAUGGCUUCCGCCACCUCCGCCGCCGCCUCUAUGAUUAAGUCCAAUGCCUUAACAUCCCAACCUCCAACUCUUUCAAGGCCCUUAACCACUUCAUCUCUUGGACUCCAUACCUCAAAUUUAAUCACCACAUUCAACAACAAUCCCUCUUUAAUCUCAGCCUCUUCUCACAACUCACACCCUACAGUUACUCUAGACUUAACCAUACCAAAUUCUGGCUUCUCCUCUUUUGAUUGGUUAAAUCCAUCAUCAUAUUCUUCUUCAACUUCAUCAAGAAAUUCUAGCUUUCUAAACUUUUCUUCUUCGCCCACAUCUUCAUCACUACCUUCUUUAGACUUCUCUAGUAGCUCAUUACCAACAAGUUGUACUAGUUGGGCUAGUGGGUACUUGUUACCUUACAGUAAUAAUAACAAUACUAAGAGAAAUAUGUACCAAAACCCUAGUAAUAAUUCACAACAACAGUCUUUUAAUGAGACAAUAGCUGCUGUGGCUACUAAGGCAAUUGCAUCAAACCCUAAUUUUCAGUCAGUUUUAGCAGCAGCAAUUUCAUCUUAUGUUGGAAAUAAGACUAAUAAUAAUGACCUGAAAGUACCAUCAUCGCAACCAACAGAAGGCGGUCGGAGCUUGACACUGUUUCCAACUCAAUUGUCGUCGUCGACGACAAAGAGCAAUGCUUCUGUAGGUGCAGAUACAAGGGAUCAUAUUGGGUGAUGAUAUGGUUAGGGUUGAGUUCAUUAUUUUAUGCUUGGUGUGCAUUUUGGCAUUUUAUUUCUUUUUUGGAGACUUGUUUUUUGUCAUGCAAAAAACUUGUAAGUACAUAUACAUACUCCUUUUGAACAGUUACUUUAAUUUUGGAUUGAUUCAAAUUAUUACCAUUA